CGCCUCCCGCGGCACCCGGCGAGCGACGGGGCUCGGUGGCUGGAGGGGGGGCAGACUUAGUCCCAGCAUCGUGACUCUUCCAUCAUGUCUGAACCCAUCACGCUCAACGUGGGAGGAAAGCUCUAUACCACCUCUCUGUCCACCCUGACUAGCUUUCCAGACUCCAUGCUGGGGGCCAUGUUUAGUGGGAAGAUCCCAACCAAGAAGGACAGCCAAGGCAACUGUUUUAUUGACAGAGAUGGUAAAAUCUUCCGCUACAUCCUGAACUUCUUACGAACUUCUCACUUAGACCUCCCUGAAGACUUUCAGGAAAUGGGCUUGCUUCGAAGGGAGGUAGAUUUUUAUCAAAUCCAGCCACUGAUUGAGGCCUUGCAGGAGAAAGAGGUGGAGCUUUCUAAAGCAGAGAAGAAUGCCAUGCUCAACAUCACCCUCGAUCAGAAGACCCAGACCGUUCACUUCACUGUCCGAGAAGCACCCCAGAUCUACAGCCUGUCUUCCUCCAACAUGGAAGUGUUCAGUGCUCAUAUCUUCUCCACGUCCUGUCUGUUUCUGAAGCUUCUGGGUUCCAAACUCUAUUAUUGCUUCAAUGGAAACCUCUCUUCAAUAUCCAGCUACCUGAAAGACCCCAACCAUUUGACCUUGGAUUGGGUUGCAAGUGUGGAUGGUCUUCCCGAAGAGGAGUACACCAGGCAGAACUUAAAGAGACUCUGGGUGGUGCCAGAUAAUAAGCAAAUCAAUAGUUUCCAGGUGUUCGUGGAAGAAGUGCUAAAAAUAGCCAUGAGUGAUGGUUUCUGCAUAGAUUCUUCUCAUCCUCAUACUUCAGAUUUCAUGAAUAAUAAGAUAAUUCGCCUAAUUCGGUACAAGUAGGAAUGACUGAUUGCUAAGGUGCCAGCAUGGAGAUAACACAGGUUAAGUGUUUACACUUACAGCCUAAUUCAGAAUCAUGCUUAUCUGGAUUAAGAGUCACUAACAAGGAGAUGAUCUUCCUUUAAUGUAUUUACCAAUCUGACCUUUCAGAAGAUGUCCAUAUUCUAGACAGAAGGAAUUGUCUAGUGCCUGAAUUCAAGACUGGUUCUGUUCCUGCCUCCUCCUCUGACCUGCUCUGCAAUUGUUGGGAGAAUCACUUAACUUCUUUCCAGUUGAAAAAUGGGAGUGAUCCUUAAUAGCAAGGGGAUGUGAGGGUUCAGUAAUCAAGGUUUGGAAGGUCCCUGGAGAACAGUUGUGGUGAAAGAUGCCAUGGAGCUGCAGUGCAGCAGAUAGCCCUGGGGGCACAUUUUCCAUGUCUUGCCAUGUCACCAGUGCAGAGCAUGCAAGAAGCUUGGUUAGGUCUGCAGAAAAGAAGCCUUCCCACAUGCAGGCACUCGACAACUGUAAAGGAUGGUGCAAACUGCAAAUGAUAAAGAGAUCCUGUCUCUUUGGGCUCAGCAAAGGAUUUCUGUCACCAUUUGAAACUGGCUUGGGUUUUUUUCUGAACCCUAUGAAGAAGCCCCACCUCUGCUUUCAGGGAAGCUGUGCUUGAAUGAUGUGACUGGGACAGGGAAUGACCAAGGAAGUCAUAGCGGAGAGGAUGGUGGUGUUACAAACAGAAGACUGUGACUGGUGGGGGAACUGGGCUUUGGAUGCUCUUACACCUUUACUUUCACAUUCCAAAGGCAUCCAAGACAACUAGUCCUUUUCUUUCUUUACAAUGUUGUAUUUGUCUGGAGGGGAGGAUGCUACUGAAACUUUCUGAGUUGGAAACAUAGGCACUCAAAUAUCUUCUGUUUGAGCCUCUUCUGCCUGGACAUGGCAUGUUUCCCAUCAGCAGUGCUUGGAGUGCAUGGGAUGCUCUCUGGGUAGAAUGGAUUCCACCUGAAAAGACAAUACACCCAUCAGGUUACACCUGGAUUUUUAAGGCAAACUCAGAGGCUCAUUUCUCUUAUCCCUGUACACUGAGCCAUUCUUUAAAUGUCAUUGUGAAAUGGUCAGGUCACUAAGGCAGCACUUUACCUACUUGCUUGGCUUCAGUGUCAGAUUGUUGGAGGUAAGACAGUGGGAAACCAGAGGUGAUGACAACAGUCAAGCUCUUUUCUUCAUACCCAGUCUGUGCUAUAAUGAAGACCAUAGUCCACUAGCUGCAUGUUAGCUCUAAUCAUUUGUGCCACUUUCAAGGUGUUUCCUUUUCAGCUAAUCCUGUUUAAAAGUACCUUAGCUGUCUUUCCCUAACCAGAAUGCUACACGUGCAUGGAACACCUGCUGGAACAUUUCCCAUUCUCUCCAAUGGGAGACACAGGAAAAUACAAUAACCAAGUUCAGCACUUAGCAUUUUAGUGCUUCCAAAAGUUCUUAGCACAGGGCUGCAGAGCUCAGUAGUGCUCAUGUUUUGUUUCCCCAAGUCUGUCAUUACAUUCAGCUGACCUUUGAACAAGCAUAAGGAAGGGGGUUUGUGUUUUAAAAUUCAGUGAGAUCAAUACAGUUCUACUGUCCCAAGCUGUAACUGCAUGAACACCACACAUCAAUAUGCUGAGGCUAAAAAUGCCCAUUCUGCAGCUGUUGGCAGCCCCUGUCUGACUUGGUGCUAAACCACCAUGAUAUACCUGGGACCAUGUUGUUAGAAAGCACUGACUGGCUGGGCUUGAAGCCCUCAGAACCAUUAAACCUAGCAAGUUUUGUGAAUUUCCAGGAUUGUUACCAGGAUUUUGUGGCCAAAUUCCAGCUUGAGUCACCAUACUAUUCUAGUUUUAAUUGCUUCAGGAAGAACUGUUUUUUCUCCCAUCCCUGAGCUGAAUUUUAAAGCAGGAAUAAUCCGCCCCGGGGGUUGUUCUGUGCCACUGACAAGGCAAAGCAACUUCUGACAUGAGUUUGUCAGGCAGUUGGAACAUUCACUGCGGCAGUUGGUCAUGAUCUAUGCAGGCAAUAUGAUUAGGAUCUGUAAAAUAUCAUAUAUGAACCCUCUAUCAUCAAGUCUAUGCCUUGAAGCAGAUAUGCCAUUUGUGA